GCAUUUACAGAAUUAGGGCACGCACAAUUAGUAGAAUCCUAAAACAAUAUACAGUGGCUCUAACAGCGUAGGAAGAAGAUCUGGAGGAGGCAGAAUGAAUAGAGAAGUACUUCGCCGGCGGGUGGAGUCCUGCAAGCCCAGCUCCUCAACGCUCGACGAAAUUGUCGACAACCUCCGCUCCAGCUACCGAGAGUACAACCGAAUCAAGAAGCAGCCCUUCACUACGUUUGUCCGGAAGACCUUGGAAUCACUCUCUCAGCAGAAGAUGAGCAAGAAGAAGAAGAAGCAGCAGCAGCAACCAAAGCCCUCCUCUCCUUCAACCCCAAGACGAGCCAAAGAGGAUUACGACGACGAAGAAGAAGAAGAAGAACAAGUAGAAGUUAGUCGGAAGAAGAAGCGGAAGAUAGCUGAUGGCGAGGAUGAUAGGUUGCAGCGAAUGGAAGAUUUACAUAUUCGAAGGAGGCGGAGUGGGAACCACAAUCGAACGACAUCGUCCUCGUCGGAAUCCGGUUCUGAUGAUCCGGAUUCGAGUUCUGACGGUGGAGAUGGGGCGGUGUCCACGUCGGAGGACGCGGUUUACGGAGAGGAACUAGAGGCUCCGCAGUUCGACGUGACGAAAUCGAAUCUGCUAGCAGCCUAUAAGGAAUUAAGCAAGAAGCCCGAGACGACGGCGAUGGAGGAGAAUGUGGAAGUGGAGGUUGCUAGCGAUAAGGCGAAGAGGGUUGAAUUGGUGGAUGGGGGGACUGAGUUGUCGAAGGGAAGGAAUGCUGGACGUGGGGGUAGGGGUGGCGGUGGUGGUGGGUGUGAGGUGGUGAAGGGGGAGGAGGGGCCGAGGUUUAGGGAUUUGGGAGGGAUGGAGGGUUUGCUUGAGGAAUUGAGGAUGGAGGUGAUCGUGCCUUUGUACCAUCCGCAGUUGCCGCGGUGGCUUGGGGUCCGCCCAAUGGCCGGGAUUUUGUUGCACGGCCCGCCCGGCUGCGGGAAGACCAAGCUCGCUCAUGCCAUCGCCAAUGAGACUGGUGUUCCCUUCUAUAAGAUUUCGGCGACCGAGGUUGUCUCCGGUGUCUCAGGUGCAUCAGAAGAAAAUAUUCGGGAUCUCUUCUCUAAAGCAUACAGGACUGCCCCAUCAAUUGUAUUUAUUGAUGAAAUUGAUGCAAUUGCUUCUAAAAGAGAAACUCUACAACGAGAGAUGGAGCGAAGAAUUGUGACACAGUUGAUGACUUGCAUGGAUGAAUCUCACAGGCUUAUACAUCCUGUGGAUGCUGAUUCAAAUUCAGAAACUUCGGACCAGAAGCCUGGCUAUGUUCUUGUAAUUGGAGCUACCAAUAGGCCUGAUGCUGUUGACCCUGCUCUGAGGAGGCCUGGACGAUUUGAUCGUGAGAUUGUCCUUGGUGUUCCAGAUGAAAAUGCAAGGGUUAAGAUUCUUUCUGUGCUUACGCGCAAUCUUAGACUGGAGGGUUCUUUUGAUCUUUUCAGAAUAGCCAGGUCUACUCCUGGUUUUGUUGGGGCUGAUUUAGAAGCCCUCGCUAACAAGGCCGGUAACCUUGCUAUGAAGCGAAUUAUUGAUGAAAAAAGGUCUGAUCUAUCAAAAGAUUCUAUAAAUGAGGAAUAUACUGAAGCUUGGUGGAGGCAACCAUGGUUGCCUGAAGAGAUGGAAAAGCUUACCAUCACAAUGGCUGAUUUUGAGGAAGCAGUUAAAAUGGUUCAACCUUCAUUAAGAAGAGAAGGAUUCUCUUCCAUUCCUAAUGUAAAGUGGGAAGAUGUUGGAGGGCUUGAUUUCUUAAGAAAGGAGUUUGACCGUUAUAUAGUUAGGCGCAUAAAAGUUCCAGAGGAUUAUGAGGGAUUUGGAGUGGACUUAGAGACAGGAUUUUUGCUCUAUGGGCCUCCAGGUUGUGGUAAAACACUGAUUGCCAAGGCUGUGGCUAAUGAGGCGGGGGCCAAUUUUAUUCACAUCAAGGGCCCUGAACUUUUGAAUAAAUAUGUUGGAGAAAGUGAGAUGGCAGUUCGGACAUUAUUCAGUCGUGCAAGGACAUGUUCACCAUGCAUACUUUUCUUUGAUGAGGUGGAUGCUUUGACAACAAAGCGAGGUCAAGAAGGGGGAUGGGUUAUUGAGCGGCUACUAAACCAGUUACUUAUAGAGUUAGACGGUGCAGAGCAUCGGCGGGGUGUUUUUGUAAUCGGUGCAACAAAUAGACCAGAAAUGAUGGACCCUGCAGUCUUACGCCCUGGUAGGUUUGGUAAACUUCUUUAUGUUCCUUUGCCUAGUUCGGAUGAGCGUGGUUUAAUUUUAAAAGCUCUUGGGAGGAAGAAGCCUAUAGAUGCCAGUGUGGAUUUGAGUGCUAUUGGGCAAAUGGAUGCCUGCGAGAAUUUGAGUGGGGCUGAUCUUUCUGCACUGAUGAAUGAAGCUGCGAUGGUUGCUCUUGAAGAGAAACUGAUGUCAACUGAGCGCAUUUCGGAUGCAGCUCCAUCGACCAUCAAGACAACACAUUUUGAGCAAGCACUGAGUAAAAUCUCUCCUUCUGUGUCAGAUAAGCAAAACCGACACUACCAGAACCUAUCAGAGCGUUUAAGGUCAGCGUGAGAAGAAUCAUUAGUCGACUUUCUCCUGAGCGGUGGCUAAGGGGCCGACAGUCAGCCGAGUUGCAAUGUAAAUCAUAGGGAAAAAAAAUGUAUGAAGAAAGAAGCUAGUGUUUUUUUAUGUCAAAAGUGAAUUAGUAAUUAAGCAGGUUUGAUAGUAGUCUCUAAGAAGCGGCGUUCCCCACAAUGGGGAAAGAAAUUUUGUGCUGAUGGAGGUCGUAGAAAUUUGUUGAACCACUGAGUUUUUCCGAAUCUUAGCAAUGAUGUGGAAAGUGAUUCCUCUGUCU